AUUAUGGGUUGUGGAUCUGCUAAGACUCAAGAUAUUUAAGAAACUUAGCCAAUCAAUAAUAAUAUUAACGAUUCCUAAACCUCUAGCUUGGCUUCAAUAGAUCAAAUUGAAAUUAUUAAAUUAUACAAAAAAGGUCUUCUCUAUAUUAUAAUCCAUAGCUAAUUAUCUCAUCAAAAAUCAGAAUUUCGAAUAAGCUACACUUCUUCUAGAUAGAAUUCUAGAAAUAGAUCCUAAUUAUAUUGAUGCCUUUUACUCUAAAGGUCCCUUAUUUCCAUUUAUCAUUCUCUAGGCAUUAUUUACCUUGAUUAAAAUAACAUUGACUCUGCUCAAGAAUAUUUCCAAAUUACGAUUCAAAAAUAACCUAAUCAUGCUCUUGCUCUAAAUGAAUUAGGUUUACUAUUUACAUUCUAUACUCUAGCAAGUAUCAUGAUCUUAAAUAAAUCUUAUCAACAAGCUUUACUAUUUCUAGAAAAAGCAUAUCAAGUUAAUCCUAAUUUACCUGAUCUUAAAUAUAGUUUAGGUACUCUUUUAUCUUUAUCCAUUAGGUUAUGUUUUAUCAAGAUUGAAUAGAAAAGAGGAAUCUAUUCAUUAUUUUGAUUUAGCCAUUAAAUAAGACUCUACUCAAAAACAUUACUAUCUUAGUAAAGCAACUACCUUAUCUGAUUUAAAACAAUUUGAUCUUGCUGAAUAAACUGUUUAAAAGGUACUCAAUAUUGAUUCAGAAUACGUUGAUGGGUAUGUAGCUUUAGGUAUGAUUAUUUUUGAUUAUUUAGCUUAUGUCUAUCGCCAUUCUAAAUAAUAUGAUAAAUUAGAAUAACUUUGUGAUCAAGCCCUCAAAUUAGAUGAUCAAAACUAAUAUAUCCUUAAAUGCAAAUAAGAAAUUCAAAAACUAUCACAAACGUAACCACAAACACCAUUUAAAUAAGCAUCCAUUGAAGAUUAACUUAAAGAAGGUUUUAUAUAAUAAUAAUUUUUCUAGCUGUAAAAAUGUUACAAGAUUCAAGACUUACACAAGCUCUAGAUCUCUUAAAUUUAAUUUUAGAUAAUACACCAACUCAAUUAUAAGCUUUAAAAUUAAAAGCAUAAAUUUAAAAUCAAUUUAAAUAAUAAACGGCCUGUCUCGUAACUCUCAAUUAAAUCCUUACCAUUUAACCAAAUGAUAUCGAUGCAUUAAAAGAAAAAAGUAAUUAAUACAUCAUUAUAAUUCUAGUUCAUAUCUUAGAAUAUCACAACAAAAAUGAAGAACUCUUGAUAUGUUAUGAUGCUCUCCUUACUUAACAAUCUAAUUUUGAAUUAUUGGAAAAAAAAGGUCUGAUUUAAUUUUAUUUCUAGCUUCAAUUUUAAUUAGACUUAAUAGAAUUCAAGAAGCCUUAUCAAUUUAUGAGCAUUUAUAUUCCUAAUCAAAUCAGAAUGAUCCAAAAAUUUUUAUUAUUAGAGGUAUGCUUUAGUCUAAUUUAGGAAAGUUACUUUAAGCAUAACUUAAAUUUAAAGAUGCCAUAAUUUGCUUAAAAGAAGGUCUUACAAAAUUUCCAUCAAAUAUAGAUAUUUUAAGUUUAUUAGCAUUAAUUUAUAAAAUCACACAUAAAGAAUAAUUAGCUCUUUAAAUUUAUGA